ACACCUCAACCCCUGUCUUGCACUGACAGCAAGCCUCUGAACACCUCAUGCCUCACACCCUCAAUCAACCGCUGCUGUGAACCCUUCCCAACACGGUUAAUUCAACAUCGGUACUUUUUCUCGAACGGUCUCUCAAUUGGUUUCUCUUCUGAGAAUGGACACCACUACACAAAUGCAGCUCAGAACGAGCUCCCUCCUCCAUACUACUCUGUUGAGGUGCACACCCUCCCGCCCCUCCAGUCCUAUGAAGAGCUAGUCUAUGGAGCGGGUCCAAGACACACUCCUCCCAACCAGCUAUACUACAUCCCCCAGCAUCCCCCACCAGUGGCUGCGCAGCAUGUCUGCCAGCCCAGUAUAUCUCUUUCUAACAAGAAGAAGAAAGGUAAAUGCUGCCACCAUAGUGCCAAGUGCUUUGGUGGGUCAGGAGGCAUCGUUCUGCUGCUCCUCCUGGGCCUUGCCAUCUGGCUCGGAGUGCGUUACGGUACCAGGUUGGCAACUGCGGCUGUCACCCUUAACCACCAUGACAGUGAGGAUGAGGGGCAUUAUGAGAAGCAGUUGAGCGUGCCCGUUCAUGACACCUGCUCCAACUCCACAGUCCAAUGUGACGGUCUGCGAGACUGCCGACUGGGCACCGACGAGUCUAACUGUGUGAGGUUUGGGGCGGACGGUGCUCUACAGGUUAGAACGUCUCAGGACGACCGUUUCCUCCCAGUGUGUUACCAGGGAUGGGACCAGAGCUACGCCAACCGAACCUGUGCCCAACUGGGCUUCAGAAAGUCCUUCGCAACCAAGGCCGUGAAAUCCCAGCAGUCCAUUGGUCUAACCCUGAACAACAGAUCGUCUUUACCCAUCCAGGGCCAGGUCAGCGUCGGCUCUUCCUGCCCUGACCAGAAUACGGUCUCUCUGAAGUGUAUUGAUUGUGGACGUCAGCAGUUGACCUCCCGGAUCAUAGGGGGCACUGUUGCCAAGCUGGGCCAAUGGCCCUGGCAACUGUCUCUACACUUUGGUAGAUCACAUAUCUGUGGAGGGGUCCUGGUGUCCCCUGACUUUGUGGUGACAGCUGCCCACUGCUUCCCCAGGUUGUUCCCCCAGUUUCUUGACGCCAGUAAGUGGCUUGUGUACGGAGGAGUGGUGUCUCAAGACCAGCUUCCUUCUCCCUACCUCGUGGAGAAGAUCAUCGUGAAUGAGAACUACAACAACGUAACCAACGACCAGGACAUCACCAUUCUGAAGCUGGCCUCCCCAGUGGUCUUCACUAAUGCAGUUCAGCCUGCCUGUUUGCCAGCCUUUGACCAGACAUUCCCCCGUGGAACCAAAUGCUGGAUCUCGGGCUUCGGAACAAUAGAUGCGGGAUCAGCGAAACUCUCCAAAGCCCUGAUGCAGGUGACCGUUGACAUCAUCGAAGUGCGUGUGUGUAACAGCUCCAAGGUAUACUCUGGCAGUGUAUCCAACAACAUGCUGUGUGCCGGUGAUCUCAAUGGGGUCAGGGACUCCUGUCAGGGAGACAGUGGUGGUCCUCUGGUGUGCCAGACCAGUGACAACCUUUGGCAGCUGGUGGGCGUGACCAGCUGGGGCAGUGGCUGUGGGCAGAGUAACAGGCCGGGAGUCUACACCAAGGUGUCCAGCCUACUACCCUGGAUCUACAGCAAGAUGCAGCUGGAGAAUCCGUGAUGUCACUUCAUUUCCAUUGACCUCCCCACAUGCUCUCUAAAGACCGCUCGCAGCCUGCUUUCUCGUUCCUCUCGGAACAUCACACCAUGAAGUCCUAUACCAGGCAGACAGACAGACAGACAGGCAGACAGACAGACGGACAGACGGGCGGACGAAAAGGUGGCCAAUAGCUAGGGGAGUACCAGGAAAGGCCUAUUGCACAUUAACACAACACCAUUCGUUCUUGUGUUCUUCUUGUUCCUUUACCGUACCUUCUAAAAUCACAAAAUGCAUUACUGUAUUUAUGCCUGACGGCUGCUACACUGUGUAUAAUAUGUAAAUCUACACCAAUACAUUAUGUUCCCUGA